AUGAUGGGACGAAAUCAAACCAGCAUCUCAGAGUUCCUGCUCCUGGGCCUGCCCAUCCAGCCAGAGCAGCAAAACCUGUUCUAUGCCCUGUUCUUGGCCAUGUAUCUUACCACCCUCCUGGGGAACCUCCUCAUCAUUGUCCUCAUUCAACUGGACUCCCAUCUCCACACGCCUAUGUAUUUGUUUCUCAGCCACUUGUCCUUCUCAGACCUCUGCUUCUCUUCCGUGACCAUUCCCAAGUUGUUACAGAACAUGCAGAACCAAGACCCAUCCAUCCCCUUUGCGGACUGCCUGACCCAAAUGUACUUCUUCCUGUUUUUUGGAGACCUGGAGAGCUUCCUGCUUGUGGCCAUGGCCUAUGACCGCUAUGUGGCCAUCUGCUUCCCCCUGCACUACACCGCCAUCAUGAGCCCCACGCUCUGUCUCUCCCUGGUGGCGCUGUCCUGGGUGCUGACCACCUUCCAUGCCAUGUUACACACUUUACUCAUGGCCAGGUUGUGUUUUUGUGCAGACAAUGUGAUCCCCCACUUUUUCUGUGAUAUGUCUGCUCUGCUGAAGCUGGCCUGCUCUGACACUCGAGUUAAUGAAUUGGUGAUAUUUAUCAUGGGAGGGCUGAUUCUUGUCAUCCCAUUCCUACUCAUCCUUGGGUCCUAUGCACGGAUUGUCUCCUCCAUCCUCAAGGUCCCUUCGUCUAAGGGUAUCUGCAAGGCCUUCUCUACUUGUGGCUCCCACCUCUCUGUGGUGUCACUGUUCUAUGGGACCGUUAUUGGCCUCUACUUAUGCCCAUCAGCGAAUAGUUCUACUCUAAAGGAGACUGUCAUGGCUAUGAUGUACACUGUGGUGACCCCCAUGCUGAACCCCUUCAUCUACAGCCUGAGGAACAGAGACAUGAAGGGAGCCCUGGGCAGAAUCAUUCAUCAAAAGAAAACUUUCUUAUCUCUCUGAUGAUAACACUUGGAGCUAUUACAUAGUUUAUCCAGUAAAAUAUU